AUGAAACGGGAUGACCUACAAGGUAUUCGAGGUUUGGCGAUCGGCGCUGUUUUAGCCUUCCACUUCUUUCCGAAAUGGUUUCCGAACGGGUAUAUUGGUGUCGAUAUGUUUUUCGUACUAUCUGGGUUUCUCAUGACAAUGAUUUUUGGAUCAAAACCAAUCACUACAGAUUCAGUUUACCUAUUUUAUUUCCGCAGAACCAAACGAAUUUUGCCACUUUAUUUGUUGAUCAUUCUUAUAGGAACCAUCUUGGUAUUUAUAGUUUUUCCCAACACUUUCAUCUCGAUGAAUAUGGAUUCGGCUUGGAAUUCAAUAUUCCUCUAUCAUAAUAUGGCCGAGCAUUCUGAUAACAAUAUGUACUUCAAAAUGCUAAAUCAAGCAGAGGAUAUAUUCACCCAUACAUGGUCUCUGUGUGUAGAAAUGCAAUUCUACUUACUUGCUCCGUUCAUAUUUUUACUAUUAUCGUUUUGUACGAGUGGAUUGAUGCUAACUUGUUUCCAUGCGAUCAUCAUUUUUACUUCGUUAGGAAACCAUUUAUUGUCGACGGAACAGGUGGCGUUUAACAGUGCUUUCUGUCGAGUCUGGCAGUUUCUCAUCGGCUCUGCUGUCUUUUUCCUUUCCGCCGAGCUUCUGGAACUAGACACUAAAGUUAACAACUACAAGGAACUGCUUCUAGAAGAACAAGGAUCAGAUGAAGAAAAGGAUAAAAAAGAGGAUAACGAUGAUGAUGACGAUGAAGUGAUAUUCACAAAGCCCCGUCAAAAUUUGAGCCGUCCUCCAUUCUAUAUUCUACUCUACUCAUCACUAUCUUUUCUCAUCCUACUAUCAUUUGCCCCGUGGACAAUACCCGCUUCUGCACUUCGAAUUACGAGCACAUUCCUAUCGGGAGUUAUUAUUUUGACAGGGACGCUGUGUGAGACGAAUCCUAUGAAAAAUCGAGUACUGGUAUACAUCGGUGACAUCUCGUAUAGUCUUUAUUUGGUUCAUUGGCCAAUCUAUGUCUACGUCAAACAUUACCACGAUGGAGUGUUUUUCGUCUACCUUCUUGGAAUCGCCAUUUCGAUUCUUCUGGCUAUUUUGAUAUCAGAAACAUUUGAAAAAUGGUACCUGAAAAUUGGCAAACAAGAGACCCUCUUCAUGAUUCUCAUAUUCUACAUUUCUAUCGUUUGGACAGUUAUGAAGAAGGAUCAAAUUGCAACUUUUGUGGACGAUUUCAAAUAUGGACAUGAGGAAAAAAUGAUGGGCAUAGUGCAUAGUUCUUUUGAGAAUAUCACACUUGACCAAGCGAUUCUAUUGAACAAGAAAUGGGCCAGAGAGGAGUACAAAAAUCUGGUGAUACCGAAUUGUUUCCCAAAUAAAACCGAACAUGGAUUUUGUGAAUUCGAUAGAAGCAAUCUGACAGGAGAUAUGACAGUUUUUAUGGUUGGAAAUAGUUUGACUGCGAAUCUAGGAUCUCUGGUGUACAAGACAUUCAAAAAUCAUGCAAAGGCAAUGUACAAGUACAGUAAUUCUUACUGUGAAAUUCUGACGGUCUCGAAUAGGAAAAGGUGUCAGAAUUCUCAUGACACUUAUGAAGCAGAAGUUUUCAAAAAACUACCGGAUGUGUUAUUCAUGUUGGAUCGACCUGACAAACUUCGACGACCCAUAACCGGAGACGUUGAGAAUGAUGACAUUUUCAAGGAAGCUCUAGCAACAUUGAGACAGUAUGAGAACAAUGUGAAGAAGAAGAUUUAUAUGCUGGAAUCAUACACACCACCUACAAAUCUACCGCUCUCGAAGUUUGCAAAAAUGUUGGAGAAGGGGGAUAAUGUUUCGCAGAAACUAUUCAAAAUUGACCACACUUAUUUGAAUGGCAUGCAACGGCAAGAAGCAUUGGUUAAGAAGUGCUCAAAGUGUGAACUCAUACGAAUAUCGGAUAUUCUUUUCAACGGAACUCAAACUAACAGCUAUGAUGAGGACACGAAACUGGGUUAUUAUUACGACGGACUACAUAUUACACCAUUUGCUCAGAACUUGAUUCUACCGCUGUUUCAAAACAUAUCCGACAAUUUUCAUUGA